ACAUCUUUUGAUGAACAGAAGCUCUUAAUUUUAUUAUGUCCAAUGUAUCAUUUUCUUCUUUUAUGGGUGCCACACUUUUCUGUCCUAAGAAAUCUGUGUCUGCCCUCAAGUUGUGGAGAUAUUUUCCUAUGUUUUCUUUUUAAAACAUUAUUGUUUUAUCUUUCACUUUUAGCUCUACAAUCCAUCUAGAACAGAUAUUUGGGUAAGGCAUGAAGUAAGGGUUAAGAUGCAUUUUUCUCUCUCUAUGACCCAGCACUACUUAUUGGAAAAAAAAAAUCUUUUCCCCACUACACAGCAGUGCCACCUUUGUCAUAAGUCAAAUGAUCAUAUAUGUCUGUUUUUGGACUCUCUAUUCUUCCUUGUCCUACUUGUCUAUCCUUGUGCCAAUAUCACAAAGUAAAAACCUCCUGGAAUUUUGAUUGGUAUUGAAUUAAAUACAUAAGUAAGUUCGGGAGAAUUGGCAGCUUAACAACAGCGAUUGUUUCAAUCCAAAACAUGGUAAUCUCUGUGUUCUGUCUUAAUACCAUCAGUCGGGUGUACAUUACCGAAUAUCUACACUCUGUAGAGUGUAGAGAAAAAGCUACCAAGACCCCUUUCAUCCUGGAUCCCAAGGACCUUCUUCCCAAUUUCUGUUCCCUGGUUUUCUCCUGCAUUCCUGAGCGAUGGGCACUUCAAUGAUUUCACAUUAUUGUAGGCCCUUAGAGGUCUCAACAGGAUAACAAUAUAAGAAUACAACACAAUAACCCUGACAUGUUCACACUCAGAGAUGCCCCCAUACAACAGGGCCCCAGGAGGGAGGUGUUUCCUCAGAGCAUCACUAUUUACGAAGGAUAUUAAAAAACAAAAGGAGGAAGCAUUUUUUUUUUUUUUAGAAAACCAUGCUAUGUGCUGCCCUUGGAUUACUGUAUGCAGUUCUGGUCACCACACCUCAAAAAAGAAAUAAUAGAGUUGGAGAAAUCCCAGGGAAGGGUAUAUCUAAUGACCAAAUGGAUGGAAGGACCUCCUUGUAGAGACAGAGCCAAACAAAACAAAAAAACCUUCACAUAAAAAAGGGAUAUAACUGCAGUCUAUGGUGUUAGAGAGUAUGGAUUAGGUGUAUGUAGACCAAAUCCUAGAAUACAUGUUAGGCACCAACACAUGGACACUUUUAAAAGGUAGAUUUAAGGCAAAUACUGGUAAAUGGAAACAUUUGCCAAGCAAAAAGGAGCACAUAAAAAUGAGUAGAUGGUGGUUUCUUUAAAGGAAGAUGCUAUUAAAGGAACCCAAGGGUAUUGCCAGGUACAUUCUUAUACUUUAAAGCUUGACAUUGCUUGGUGUCACAGCAGGUCAAAAUCCUACUUGACAAAGGCCACCUACCUGACCCAGUAUGGCAUGUUUAAGUUGAUAGGUACAUCUUGCUGCAAUGUCAAUUUUCUUUCAUUCAGCCUCUGGUGGGAACAGAGACUUUGUACAUAAUGAUGCCUCAGAGACUCGAGAACAAUAAUUAAGUUAAUCGCUUCUCAAGGUUGAAUAGUCCUAGUCCCUUUUAUUUCCACUGUAGAUCACAAUUGUUAGCCAUUUCCUCAUUUCUGUGUCCCGCUUUGGCAACUGUCCCAGUUCUCUGUGUCCCUUGAAAGCUAUGGAACCCUGAACUUAAUACAGACUCUAAUUUUGGCAAAAGUUUUAAGAAACAGUGUUUGCUCAGCAAAAUGCCCUCUUUGUCGGCCCCUGAGAAAACUGCUCCAUUCAAUUCUGAACACACAUACAUAUAUUCCUUUAAGUCAUGGGCAGGAGGAAAACACCCAUCUAGAGGAGGGUGAGGCCUAGGGCAAGCCAUAGGCUGUAGGUCCUCCAGCAUUUUUAUCCAGAAGAAUCAAGUUUAAAUUGGUAGAAAGAGCAGACUUGAGUGGGGAAAGACAUCACAAAAGGACCACUAGGACCUUGGAUAGGAUAGGAGAGAGUGGACGCAGGGGAAGCUCAAGAGGGAGCCAGAGAAGGUACAAGGCAGAGGGGGAACCCCUUCCACUUUUCCUUGGGGCUGGGACUGUCACUGUCCAGACUCCUGGAAGGAGGAAACGAGAACCUCAAACUCUGGUGUUUGGGUGCUUAAGCCCUAGGAUGGCUCUGUAUAUAUAACCUUGAUAUGCAUACCCAACUGCUUCAGACUGGGUCCUGAGGAAGCGGGGGUAGAUGUUCCCCAACUAUCUGAUCAUCACUCUCAUGGCCUUAUGAAGCACAGUGAUUUUUUUUAGGGCCACCUCAAGUCACACAAACCAAAGUCUAUUUGCCUAUUCAAGGAAAUUUGAAAGCUUGCUUUUCUAAAUCAAGCCAAGUGUGGGACCUAGUAGUUGCUAGGCAGGAAAUCUUAUUUAAAUAAUCACAGAAACUAGAGCUGGAAGGAAUCUUAAGGAUCAUGUGGUCAAAUGGAUUUCAGUCUGAUACAUGGAAAUGUAGGGAUUGCUCGUAGCAUCCCACAUUAUUGGGGAGGACACCACCUGUCCUACCAAGUCCGAUGAACUGGAACUAGAUUGCUUUUCAUUUUUAUAUCAGGUUUGUGGGGACAAAAAUACCUUUAAUAAAAAAAUAUUUGAAAAUAAUUGAUACCUCCCCCAAAUCAAGACUCCUCUCAAUUACAAGCAUAUAAUAUUCAUAUAUAUGGCAGCUUUAAUCAUUAGUCUCCUCCAUACUUAUGAUUCUAGCAUACCUGGCAGGUAAUGAAUACCAGAGUUGGGGAGGCCCCUAGACAACAUCUGGUCCCACCAUCUCAUUAUACAGGGGAGGAAACUGAGGUACAAAGAGGUGAAAGAAUAGUCAAUUGGUCUUUCCUUGACCACUUCCCAAAAUGAUGAGCUCACUACUGAACAAAGCUUUUGUUCUAAAAAUGGAUUGAAUAUGUUUAUUACCUUAAACUUGCUUUGCUCUCCACAACUAACUUUUUAGUUUAAUUGCCUCCUGGUUUGGUCUGAGUCUUCUAGGCACAGGAAGAGAAAUAUGAAAUGAAGAGAAAGAUACAGCUCAGCUUUCUCACAUCUAAACUGCAGCAGUAGCAGAGUGGGAAAUAGGGGUGAGAAAGAAAGAAGGAACUUCAGAGGCAAUGGCAGUCAAAGGAAGCAGCUGGGGGCGCAGAGAACCCCUGCAGGGGGUGAACAUCACCAGCCCAGUGCGCCUGAUCCGUGGCACGGUAGGGAAGUCAGCCCUGCUUUCCGUGCAGUACAGCAGCACCAGCAGCGACAAGCCUGUGGUGAAGUGGCAGCUAAAGCGGGACAAGCCAGUGACCGUGGUACAGUCCAUUGGCACAGAGGUCAUUGGCACCCUGAGGCCUGACUAUCGAGACCGCAUACGCCUCUUUGAAAAUGGCUCCCUGCUUCUCAGCGACCUGCAGCUGGCUGAUGAAGGCACCUAUGAGGUUGAGAUCUCCAUCACUGAUGACACCUUCACUGGGGAGAAGACCAUCAACCUCACUGUAGAUGUGCCCAUUUCAAGGCCACAGGUGUUAGUAGCUUCGACCACUGUACUGGAGCUCAGUGAGGCCUUCACCCUGAACUGCUCGCACGAAAAUGGCACCAAGCCCAGCUACACCUGGCUGAAGGAUGGCAAGCCCCUCCUCAAUGACUCGCGAAUGCUCCUGUCCCCCGACCAAAAGGUUCUCACCAUCACCCGUGUGCUCAUGGAGGAUGAUGACCUGUACAGCUGUGUAGUGGAGAACCCCAUCAGCCAGGGCCGCAGCCUGCCCAUUAAGAUCACCGUGUACAGAAGAAGCUCCCUGUACAUCAUCUUGUCCACAGGAGGCAUCUUCCUUCUUGUGACCUUGGUGACAGUCUGUGCCUGCUGGAAACCCUCCAAAAAGUCUGGGAAAAAGAGGAAGCUGGAAAAGCAAAACUCCCUGGAAUAUAUGGAUCAAAAUGAUGACAGCCUGAAACCAGAAGGUGAGCUCCCAGCUCCCCACUCACCCAUCCCAUCGUCACUCAGAUCAGUGGGCUGCUGGGAAAAGGCAGAACUGGGCGACAAGGAAGCCAGCUCUGCAGGGCCCCUUCCUCCACCAACUGCACGAAGACUGCAGAGCAGGGAGAGGUGCAACCAAGCAGACACCCUCCCACGAAGUGGAGAGCAGGAGCGGAAGAACCCCAUGGCACUCUAUCUUCUGAAGGACAAGGACGCCCCGGAGGCCGAGGAGGACCCUGCCCAGGAGCCCCGGAGCGCGACGGAGCCCGGCCCGCCCGGCUACACCGUAUCACCGGCAGUUUCCGGCCGCUCACCCGGGCUGCCCGUGCGCUCUGCCCGGCGCUACCCGCGCUCGCCCGCGCGCUCCCCCGCCCCCGGCCGAACGCACACGUCGCCGCCCCGAACCCCCGGCUCUCCCGGCCGCUCGCGCGCACUGAGGACUGCGGGCGCGCGCCUGAUCCGCGAGCAGGACGAGACCAGCCCAGUGGGGAUCAGCGCCUGAGCCUCCCCCGGACCCCCCUCCGGGGGCGCCCGCGCAGUGCGGCGGGGGGAAGUGGGGAGGCCGGGGUCUCCAGGAAGCGGGGCGAGGGGAGGUUCCCUGCCGGGGCUCACGGGGCGCACUGAGUCUCGCCUGCGGACGAGUAUGAACAUGUGCAGAUGGGGGACGCAGCGGGGCGCGAGAGGCUGAUCAGGGGUAAAACAGGGUCGCGUUUGCUCGCCGUUCACUAGCUGUGUUCUGGGUGGAUAUGGAUUGUGCCCCCAUAGGACCACAUAGGUUAUUAAAUUUCCGGCCCCGUUCCCCAAGGGACUUACGGAAACUAACAUCAGUAACCUAACCCCCAUGACUAUCCCUUGCCCUUCCUAGGGAGCUCCGGUGCUUCCCACCCACCUCUCUUCCUCCGAACGAACGCCUGGUUCCUGGAGCACUUUUUUUUGGCAAGCCCAGAUUAGAGAGGCCACUUGCCCAAAACGCACAACUGUCCUUAAACUAAAGGGAUGUCGGAUGCCGGUUCCCGGGUAUACAGGGCUGUUCUGAGCAUCCUGAAAUCAUUGUGAAGGCAGUGCCUUGGAGCACCCUUCUCUCAGCACCUGGUACCUACCCGUUGGGAGAGAGGCGCUCAAGCACAUUUCAUUGCCCCCUGACCUGGGCCCUAGCAAGGACAAAGGAGUCAAGCCCCCGUGCUUGGCCUCCUCUCAAAGCCUCCCUCAGUGGCAUGCCAAGCGUUCUUUCCGUUUCUAUGCCUACAGAGAAGGGGAUUCUCACUCAAUCCCCUAACGCAGAAAGCUAGAUAAAGUGAAGAACUGAUUUUAACCCCUCACACCUAUGCCUUCUCCCUGGCUUCCUUCCUUACAAAAUAAGCCUUUGAAACAAUCACUAUCCCUGGGAAAGGCUGUUGGGCUUCCUCCAGCUGUGAGAGAAUAGGUUUGACUUUCAGGGAAAUGGUGGGGGAGGAGGAAGCUUGUUGCUGCCCAGCAUGUCCCUGAGACAUGAUCCCACCCUUGGCCUCCAGCCUCCAGGAACCUGCCCUGUUCCCAGAUGCUCCGAUCCCAGGAGACAGGAGAACAGCAGACACCCUAAUUGCACA